AAUGCCUCAAAUUUGUGUUCCUCAAAUUUGUGUGCAGUAAGUUUCUCGGAGCAAGGGGAAAAGGGCUAGACCACGGGCUUAGCUCCUGAGUUGAUUUAUGGAGUUAGGAGGCCAGGAGCAUGUAGUCUCUGCCAGCAGGCCUGCCUCUGCUUUCUGGAUCUUCCACUGCUCUUCAGGCCAGUGUUUGGAGCUGGGCUAAUGGUAUGAUCAUCACCCCAGACAACUUUCUGAUGCACUGGCACAGUCUCUCCAUAAGAUCUGGGGUCUCUCAGAGGGAACAUUUACUAAGCAAGGGAAGACCAAAGCAACAGACCGGUAAGAAAGGAUAGAAGUUGCAAAAGCUGCUCCCAAGUCCCACUACAAAUUAGUAUCACCUGGGGAGCUCCUUUGAAAAAAAUUUGCACAUUUCUGGGCCUUGGCCCAGACCUACUGAAAUCACUUCUAGACUUGGGGCCCGUUAGGCCAAUGAGCAGUGGCCCGGCAUUUUAGAACUUAACCCCAGUUUAGUUCAGUUGGCUGACUCCUUGAUACUGUCUCUGUCUGUCUCUUUCCCUCUCUCUUUUUUUUUGGUCUGCAUCGUUUACCCGCGCCUCCCUGCAGUGGAAGUGUGGCGUCCUAACCACUGGACUGCCAGGGAAUUCCCUUGAUACUCUCUUUUAUUCCCUCCUUGGGGAAAUCCUACGCAGGCUGCCAGAGGUCUCUGAUCCAAUUGGAGGGAGAGACCCCUAGUGCUUAGGAGCAGCUCCAGCUAGGUCAGGUCCUCUGCUUGUGGGAAAGGAGCAAACAGGACAAGGAGGUUCCAGGUUGGGAGCCCAGGGCACACGUUAGCGCUGGGCGCAUUCCCAAUUGACGUACCCUUUGGGAAGGUCCGUGGAUUAUGGUGUUUUGAUACCUGCUCUGCACCUUAGCCUUUUUCAACUGGGGUUCCAAGAGAAAAUGAUUUGUGUGACUUUCCUCAGUACUCUCAAGGAUUACACAGAGCUGAUAGCAUUCUAGAUGCAUAUACCUAAGGGAUACCUUAGGGUAUUUGGGCUUAAUUCUUCCAGAAUUGGUUGAGGAGGGUGGCUGUGUCUUGAUAUCAGAGAGUCUUUACCUCACCUCUCCAAAUUGGCCUCCUCUAGUGCUGAGGAAGUUGCAGACCACACUGUUCUUUCCCUGGGAUUGGAUUGUGUUCCUGUCCUUUCUGCCUAAGCUGCUGGCCUCCCUUCCCAUUGGUGUUUAAGAUACCAAGGGCCAAGACUGGGCAACUCCUGGGGGUACGAGAAGACGACAGGGCUUUCUUGUUCUGUCCGUUUGCCUUGGUAGUGGUUUCUCACCAUUACUGUUUUCCGAAUACCAUACUUAUUUAUUCAAUUGCCUGCUGGUAUCUAUCUCAAAGUCAGCAUGUCUAAAAUGGAAAGCAUCUUUUCCAUGUCCUGUAUAUAACAAGCCACAAACCAGGGUAUCUGAUGGCUUCUCCACUCUUCCUUAGCUAAUUUAGUUACCCAGUCUUGUUCAGUUUUUCCUUCAUUACUGUCUCUCACAUCUGUUCACUUUUUUCCACUCCCUCCACUGCUAACUUUGUGUAUAAUUUCUUGCUCUGGGUAUUUCAGCAGUCUUUGAAAUGGUCAUCCUACCUCUGUUGCCUCUCUCACCCAAUUCUCAUGGAUGCCCGAGAGACCUUUCCAAAAUGCACACUGGGCUGUGUCAUUCUCUCUUUAAAUUCUGAAAUGGUUCUUUCAAGUAGAAUUUAAAAGUUAAACAAAAUCCUGAAAUGGUUCCUCCAAGUGUCUAGAAUUUAAAAUUUAAAUUCACUAGGAUGGCACACGAGGCCAUCCAUGAUUUGGAUCCUGCCCACCUGUCCAGCCUCUCUUGUGCCUUAUGGUCUAGGCUUAGUGAACCCCUGCAGUUUCUUUGCCACCAUGUGAUUGCUCAGGCCUCUUCCCACUGCCAAGAAUGCCAGUUACCUCCUUCCUUCCUUUCUAUCUCUCUGCCCCCACCCCACCCCAUCUUAGCUGACAGCCUGUUCAUUUAUUAAGACAGUUCCGGCACUGCUACCUUAGGAAAUCUCCAAUCCCUGUAACCUCUUAGGUGCUCCUCUUCUGGAGCAGCAAAGAAUAUGAACCUUUUUUUUUUCAGGUGUGCUUGGAUUUAGUUGCUUUGUGACCUUGGCGAGGUUUCUCAUUUCUGGUCUGCUUUCUCAACAGCAAAAUAGGAAUAACGAAACCUUACAGGGCUGUGGUAAAGGCUAAAUGAGAGAACGCAUGCAAGUCUAGCCCACGGCAGGCUUCCUUCUCUUCUUCAGUACAUGCCCCUAUGGCAUUGCUUUAUACCAGUACGUGUCUCUUUGCAUUGUAAUUGUGAGUUCACCCAUCUGUCUCCUUCUUCAGCCAGACUGAGAGUUCCUUUAAGGUGUCUUUCAUCUCUGACUCCCCCAAAACACAGGAGAAGGGCACACGGUUGGGGAGCAGCACUAUGAGUUUCAUUUUAGAAAUGAGUUUGAGGUGCCUGUGAGAAUGUCCGAGUGGAGAUGUCCAUUGGCAGUUGGAUCCAACUGGGUGUAGAGCUCAGCAGAGAAGUCUGGAUUGGAGAGAAACUUUGGGGAAUGGGUUGGGAGUGUGUCAGUGGUGGUUGAAGACAUGAUUGGGAUGAGGUGUAUUGUCUUAAUUCAGGUUACUUAGAAAACUGAACCGGAGGCAAAGCUGCAGUCCUAGUGCUUUAUUGGUAGAUACAAUCCCCGAGCAGUGAGGGUGAGGAAAGCUAGGCAGGAAAAGAGAAGAAAACACAAGGUUUGUUUUAAUGAGUGGGCCACUGCUUCACAAAUAACUGUGAUGUCCCUGGAUAGACUAUUCAGAAAUGCUACGUUUGGGUUGAUGGAGGGAUGGAGAGAGCAAACUCACCUCCUCUCUCUUCUGUCUGCUGUCCUUCGUUGCUCCAAGUUUGCCCUGUUGGGUGUUUGCUCCCCUUCACUUGUUGGGAUUGUGUUAGUUGGCCACCCGAAAAGCCAGAUCCCACGCCCUGCAGCAUGGCAUAUCAUACAAGUCCUGAAGUGUGAGGUGAACAGACGGGCACUGGCCUAUAGGACUUGGUCAAGACAGAGUAAGCAGCUAGAGGCCUGGGAAUCAGGUGAGGCGGCAGAUCACCUGAGGAGAGAGUAUAGGGCAGGAGGAGGGCGGAGCCCUGGGCAGUUCUGAGAGUUAAAGAACCCACAGCAGAGCCCCAGGGAUCAUCACUGGAGCAGAGGCCCCCAGAGGAAGUGUCACAGGGCCAAGGAAGAGGGAGAUUUGGGGGAGGUAGUUGAUAGUUUCUUGUAUUGCUCAGUGGUCAAAUGGGCCUGAGUUCAGAGAGAAAGUGGCAUCUGAUUCUGAGAUGCCCGGUGAGCUGGUCAGAGCUCCCUCUGUUGGUGGAAUAGAGGGAAAAGAAACUGGGUUGUGGUGACGAGAAAGGGGAGAGAGCAGCACGUGUGCACUACUGUUUCCCGUUAUUCAGUGGUGGAAGUUGGGUGGCCAGGGGAUGACAGAUAGCUGGCGCAAGCAUCAUUGCCUGUAGAUGAUAAUGGGAGCUGCUCACGGAGCCCAGGAGAUCUCUGGAAACGGAUAGGAUGUGGUGGGGGGGGCGCCUAGGGAGGCACUAUGUGCGCCAAGGAUGGUGCACAGCAUGGGAGCGGUCUUCUUUGAUCCAUCGACACCCAGAACUGCCAGUUGCGACACAAGAACACAGUCUCAAUUUUGUCUUCUAUGAGCCCCUCUCUUUCUGGGGUUCUUCGGCGGAUUUCCAGGGUCAACAUCACCUUCCCCACCCUGGAGACAACUUUGUGAAGUCGGAGUGUAUCUGUAAGAUAACUUUCUACACAGGAAUAGCUGCUACCCAAAGUUAUGAAGGUGGAGGAGGAAAAGGCUGGGGUAGGGAAGCUGGACCCCCCUAACUACAGGAGGCGAUGUCAGGAUCAGGAAGACUGCCGUUCCAUCCACAUUGGGCUUUCAGUCCCCAGUUACCCUCACAGGAAAAGAGACCCGAAGGGACAUCUUUCAGGCCUGCAAAAGGUCCACUGGGGCUUGCGGCCAGACAAGCCGCAGCAGGGGCUGGCCAGUGCCUGCAGCACUGUGGAUCAUGUCAUCAGGACACGGUCUCCAGCUGCUGAGCAGCUCCAGGACAUCCUGGGGGAGGAAGAUGAGGCUCCCAACCCCACCCUCUUCACAGAGAUGGACACUCUGCAGCACGACGGAGACCAGAUGGAGUGGAAGGAGUCGGCCAGGUGGAUAAAGUUUGAAGAAAAGGUAGAGGAAGGAGGCGAGCGCUGGAGCAAGCCCCAUGUGUCCACACUGUCCCUGCACAGCCUCUUUGAGCUCCGGACCUGCCUGCAGACGGGGACGGUGCUGCUGGAUUUGGACAGCGGCUCCUUACCACAGAUCAUAGAUGAUGUCAUUGAAAAGCAAAUCGAGGACGGCCUCCUUCGGCCAGAGCUCCGAGAGAGGGUCAGCUACGUCCUACUGAGGAAACACCGUCACCAAACCAAGAAGCCCAUCCACCGCUCCUUGGUUGACAUUGGAAAGUCAGUCUCCUCCACCACCAAUCGCAGCCCAGGCCGGAGCCCCGCGGCGGGCCCCGGCCUACACCACUCCACCGAGGACCUGAGGAUGCGGCAAAGCGCGAAUUACGGCCGCCUGUGUCACGCCCAGAGCAGAAGCAUGAAUGAUAUUUCUCUCACCCCAAAUACAGACCAGCGGAAAAACAAAUUCAUGAAGAAGAUCCCCAAGGAUUCAGAAGCCUCCAAUGUGCUCGUGGGCGAGGUGGACUUCCUGGACCAGCCAUUCAUUGCCUUCGUGCGUCUCAUCCAGUCAGCCAUGCUGGGAGGAGUGACCGAGGUGCCUGUCCCCACCAGAUUUCUGUUCAUACUGCUGGGACCUUCUGGGAGAGCAAAAUCCUACAAUGAAAUUGGCCGUGCCAUUGCAACCCUCAUGGUAGACGACCUCUUCAGCGACGUGGCCUACAAGGCCAGGAAUCGGGAGGAUCUGAUCGCGGGGAUUGAUGAGUUUCUAGACGAGGUCAUCGUGCUCCCCCCUGGAGAGUGGGACCCAAAUAUCCGAAUUGAGCCACCCAAGAAGGUGACUUCUGCUGACAAGAGGAAAUCCGUGUUCUCCCUGACUGAGCUAGGUCAGAUGAACGGCUCUGUGACGGGAAGCGGCGGAGGGGCUGGAGGCGGCGGCGCUGCAGGCGGAGGCGGCAGUGGGGCCGGCGGAGGGAGCAGUGGGGAUGAUGGAGAGAUGCCAACCGUGCACGAGAUCGGGGAAGAGCUCAUCUGGACAGGAAGGUUCUUCGGUGGCCUGUGUCUGGAUGUCAAGAGGAAGCUGCCCUGGUUCCCAAGUGACUUCUACGAUGGCUUCCACAUUCAGUCCAUCUCUGCCAUCCUAUUCAUCUACCUUGGCUGCAUUACCAACGCAAUCACCUUUGGUGGGCUUCUGGGGGAUGCCACCGACAAUUAUCAGGGAGUGAUGGAGAGUUUCCUGGGCACUGCCAUGGCUGGCUCCUUGUUCUGCCUCUUCUCGGGACAGCCUCUCAUCAUCCUCAGUAGCACAGGGCCCAUCCUCAUCUUCGAGAAGCUCCUCUUCGACUUCAGCAAAGGCAAUGGCCUGGACUACAUGGAGUUCCGCCUCUGGAUUGGCCUACACUCAGCUGUCCAGUGCCUUAUCCUGGUGGCCACAGAUGCCAGCUUUAUCAUCAAGUAUAUCACCCGCUUCACUGAGGAGGGCUUCUCCACCCUCAUCAGUUUCAUCUUCAUCUACGAUGCCAUUAAGAAGAUGAUCGGUGCCUUCAAGUACUACCCCAUCAACAUGAACUUCAAGCCUGACUCUAUCACCAUCUACAAAUGCGAGUGCGUCGCCCCCGACACAGCGAAUACAACCGCAUUCAAUGCUUCAGCCACGUCGCCACCAAACACCAACACUUCUCUGUACAACCCCCUUAACCUCACAGCGUUGGACUGGUCCCUGCUGAGCAAAAAGGAGUGUUUGAACUAUGGUGGGCGCCUACUUGGGAAUUCCUGCCAGUUCAUCCCAGACUUGGCACUCAUGUCCUUCAUCCUUUUCUUCGGGACAUACUCCAUGACCCUGACCCUGAAGAAGUUCAAAUUCAGCCGCUAUUUCCCUACCAAGGUUCGGGCCCUAGUAGCUGACUUUUCCAUCAUUUUCUCCAUCCUGCUGUUCUGUGGAAUUGAUGCCUGUUUUGGCCUGGCAACCCCCAAGCUGCUCGUGCCCAGCGUCAUCAAGCCCACGCGGCCUGAUCGAGGCUGGUUCGUGGCCCCCUUUGGGAAGAACCCAUGGUGGGUGUACCUGGUAAGCAUCCUGCCCGCCCUGCUGGUGACCAUCCUGAUCUUCAUGGACCAGCAGAUCACGGCCGUCAUAGUCAACCGGAAGGAGAACAAGCUGAGGAAGGCUGCUGGCUACCAUCUGGACCUGUUCUGGGUGGGCAUCCUCAUGGCUCUCUGCUCCUUCAUGGGGCUCCCCUGGUACGUGGCUGCCACGGUCAUCUCCAUUGCCCACAUCGACAGCCUCAAGAUGGAGACGGAGACCAGCGCCCCUGGGGAGCAGCCGCAGUUCCUGGGGGUCAGGGAACAGAGAGUGACCGGCACCAUUGUCUUCAUCCUGACAGGGAUCUCUGUCUUCCUGGCUCCCAUCCUGCAGUACAUCCCUUUGCCAGUGCUGUACGGAGUCUUCCUCUACAUGGGUGUGGCCUCCCUGAAUGGCAUCCAGUUCUGGGAUCGCUGCAAACUCUUCCUGAUGCCGGCCAAGCACCAGCCGGACCAUGCCUUCCUGCGGCACGUGCCCCUGCGCCGGAUCCACCUCUUCACCCUGGUGCAGAUACUGUGCUUGGCUGUGCUCUGGAUCCUCAAGUCUACGAUGGCCGCCAUCAUCUUCCCAGUCAUGAUACUGGGCCUCAUCAUCGUUCGAAGGCUUCUGGACCUCAUCUUCUCCCAGCAUGAUCUGGCCUGGAUUGACAACAUCCUUCCAGAGAAGGAGAAAAAGGAGGCAGAUAAGAAGAAAAGGAAAGGGGCCCAUGAGCACAGUGAAGAGGAGCCCCAGUUCCCUCCUCCCUCAGUUAUAAAGAUUCCCAUGGAAAGUGUCCAAUCAGAUCCCAAAAACGGUAUCCACUGCGUUGCCAGACAAAGAUCUUCCAGUUGGAGUUACUCACUCUGAUUCCUCCUUCAGUGAUUCAGAACUCGACCGAAGCAUCACCCUGCACUUCAAAAUCUCCUGUCCAGCUUCACCUGCCUUCAGCUACUCACAGAGCCCAGUCUUCACGGUGCC